AUGAUGUUCGCUCUCGUAUUGUUGGUUCUUCCAGUGACGAUUGCAGUUUGCCCCCAAGGCAAGGUAUUCGCCAAGAAUUCGAUCGGUCAACCCAGUAGUGGUUACCAGUGUUCCGUCUCGGGCUCACCGAGUGGUAUCUGGUUGGCAAUGUCGUGCUCCGACAAGAAAACAUACGUAUGUGCUGCUGCCCCUGGAUCUACCCCACCAACUGUCCACCCAUUUGUCCCCCACAACCAGAUCUACAGCGACCACGAAGGAACAGAACCAUUCAAAGAUCCUCAGUUCCAAAAAUGGAUUGACUACUAUUGCAAUGAUGCUAUGAUAGCAUAUGUUUGUCAUAUCACUUACGCCCAAGCGCAGUUUUCUGCUCCAAAUACCCUCGCUUCUUCUGUGUUGACGACACUUAGUGUUGAGGGCGAAGAAUUUCCAAUUGACCAAGAUGCUGUAGUUACUAAUGCAGGAGGACCGAUCUUCUUCGCACAUGUGCCAUUGCUCUUUGUGGUGUUUCUUCUUCUCGCAGGUGUCGACACUACUCCACUCAUUACAUCUCUGAUUGAUAUCCUAGUUUUGGUAGCAUUACGUGAAAAACCAUUUCUUGCUCUCCCGACGUUCUUUGAUGCCAACUUCUACGAAGCAGAACAGUCAUGUCAAGUUGUAGGAUCCCAUAUUGCCUCCAUACACAGCCGGCAGAAGACCGUUCUGUUGCUGCGACUCAUCUCACAAGACAACUUUAUGGUGUUUAUUGCGACAGGAGCUCUACAUCGUCAACCUAUCGGAUUGAUUCUUAUUUCUCUUUUCUAUGAAUCUUUCUAUGUUUCGUCACUCAUAGUGACCAAUAGCUUUAUUUAUCGUUACUUACAAUUAUGCAGGACAGAACUUUUCCAAAUGCUUUCUGCAACUAGAUGUCGUAUAUUGGGCUUUACUAUCAACCUCUUGCUCAUGAUAAUUUUGUUUGUAAUAUUCUUCCUUGUCGCUCUUCCUGGUAAAGAACUCGAGUUUUUCGUGAGGAAUACUGUCGUCAUAUCAGGAGCUGACGUUGAUAAUAGCUCAUUCGUUGGCUUUUCCGUAGAGUAUACAAUGAGUCCUUUGGAGUUGGUGUUAGUCGUUAUUUUAUUUAUUGCGCUUGCAACUCUUGCAGUCAUCAAUAUAUUCUGUGCUGGCAGGAUCAGCGCUUUCUUGAAAAAUGCUGCAACUCGGCAUAAUCCUUUGAAACAUCAACGUCGAAUGUUCAUCCUGCUUCUGCUACAGAAUCUUCCUUCUUCACGAGCAAUCAUGACGUGCUUCGCUACUAAUGCUAUACUUAUAAUUUAUUAUACUGUGGCCAUUUAUUUGAUCAGUUUUCCUGACGAAAAUCUCAGAUAUUUUGUCGAAAGCUCUAUCAUAAUAUCGGAAACGAAUUUUCGUGGAGCCUCUUUCAUAGGCAUGUCAGCAAAGUAUACUAUGAGCGCUAUGGAUGUGGCUUUACUCGCCGUUCUAUUUCUUGCGCUAGCAACUCUUGCAGUUAUUAAUGUAUUUUGUGCUGGAAAAAUUGGAGCCUUCCUGAGAAAAGCUGCCAGUCGACAUAAUCCUUUGAAACAUCAACGUCGGAUGUUCACCCUUUUUCUAUUACAGGCUGCUUGUCCGUUUAUCUUCAUGCAGGUGCCAGCCUUCAUUGCUAUGUUCCUUGUUUUUGCUGGAAUCGACAUUACAAACAGCUUUAUAUAUCGCUACUUAUAUUUGCUCAGGAGACAAUGGCUUCAGCAAUAUUCCACUGCAAAGCUCAUACUGUUGGGCUUUUUUGUGAACACAUCACUAUUAAUCGUGUAUGGUGUGACAGUAUACGAAGUCGCGCUUCCCGAUGAGGAUCUGGAUGGCCUGAUAAGGAGCACAAUCACGAUACCAGGAGUGGAUAUGAAUGAGACUUCUUUUAUUGGACUAUCUACGACGGUCUCUUUGAGUACAAUGGAUCUAGUACUUUGCGUCAAUUCAAGUAUGAUUUUCGUACUGACAGGUGGUAUAAACAUAUUUUGUGCCAAGGAAAUCUGUGUGUUUCUGAGAAGCGAUGCACUACGUCUCAGCUCUCUUACAUUACAACGUCAAAUGUUCAUUCUGCUCCUAUUACUGGUACGGAUUACGGUACAAUACCCUUAA